AUGGCCAUGGCCGGCUUCCAACAAGCUCGAAUCGCCUCUGGCUUUCUAGCUUCUCUGGUUCCACGCCACAGCCAACCAACGUCAGGAGACCAAGAUGACGAGCCCCGGGCACGACGAUGCGCAAUCUUCACAGCUACAGGGCCGCAAUCCUUCAUUCGCACAGAUGAUGCUGCACACUUCCUUGAUUAUGUCAUCCGUGCUGCCGAGGAAGCUAAUGUGUACAAUGAUUUAGUGAAGUACCUUCUGAUGCUAAGGCAAAAGGCACGGGAACCCAAAGUCGAUGGAGAACUCAUCUUUGCAUAUGCUAAGAUUGACAGGCUUAGUGACAUUGAGGAAUUCAUUCUUAUGCCAAAUGUUGCCAACCUUCAAAAUGUCGGCGACCGUCUGUAUGAUGAAGAACUAUAUGAAGCUGCAAAGAUCAUCUAUGCUUUCAUCUCGAACUGGGCUAAGCUGGCUGUUACCCUGCUUAAGCUGAAGCAGUUCCAAGGUGCUGUUGAUGCUGCUCGCAAGUCUAACAGUGCCAAAACAUGGAAGGAGGUUGAUGACUUGGAAGAAGUCAGUGAACACUACCAGAAUAGAGGAUGCUUCAGUGAACUUAUUGCUCUCAUGGAGAGUGGUCUUGGACUUGAACAUGCAUGGGAUCAUAUGCAGUUCAAGGAUGUCUGCGUUAAAGUUGCAAAUGUCGAGCUAUAUUACAAGGCAGUUCACUUCUAUUUGCAAGAGCAUCCGGAUAUCAUCAAUGAUAUGCUAAAUGUGCUUGCACUUCGGUUAGAUCAUACCAGAGUGGUAGACAUAAUGCGGAAGGCUGGCCAGUUGCAUCUUGUGAAACCAUAUAUGGUUGCAGUUCAGAGUAACAAUGUCUCUGCUGUGAAUGAAGACUUGAAUGAGCUUUACGUUGAAGAGGAAGACUAUGAGAGACUCCGGGAAUCAGUUGACAUGCACGACAACUUUGACCAGAUAGGUCUUGCCCAGAAGCUUGAGAAGCAUGAAUUGCUUGAGAUGAGGAGGAUUGUUGCCUACAUUUACAAGAAGGCUGGCAGGUGGAAGCAAUCCAUUGCUCUAUCAAAGAAAGAUAACAUGUACAAGGAUUGCAUGGAGACAUGCUCACAAUCUGGUGACCGUGAACUGUCAGAGGACUUGCUUGUCUAUUUCAUUGAGCAGGGUAAGAAAGAAUGCUUUGCUUCCUGCCUCUUCAUUUGCUACGACUUGAUCCGGCCAGAUGUCGCUCUUGAGCUUGCAUGGAUGAACAACGUGUUGGACUUUGCCUUCCCAUACCUGUUGCAGUUCAUUCGUGAAUACACUAGCAAGGUGGAUGAUUUAGUGAAGGACAAAAUUGAGUCGCUGAAGGAAGAAAGAGCCAAAGAGAAGGAGGAGAAAGAUCUUGUGGCUCAGCAGAACAUGUAUGCGCAGCUGCUUCCUCUUGCUUUGCUUGCUCCGCCAAUGCCUGGCAUGGGUGGUCCUCCGCCUCCGAUGGGUGGGAUGGGCAUGCCUCCAAUGGGAGGAAUGGGUAUGCCGCCGAUGGGCCCUGGUCCGAUGCCAGCAUUUGGGAUGCCACCGAUUGGAAGCUACUGA